GCAACUGCCAAUGUGGAUCGAGCGCUGUGGUGGGCCAGUCGCCGCCUCACGAGGACGUUGAACAGUCCGCGGCAGAGAGCGACUCGGUAACUUCGGAAUGUCAAUACUUGUAUGUUAUAGACGACAGUGUGGAACUCACUGAUGGGGCACUGUUGGAUAUUCGGAGUGGAACACUAGCGUAAAGAGCGCCAUGUAGACAACAGGAGAAAGAUGGCAGCGAGGGUACACGGUCCUUUCCUCUUAUGACGAUGUUAUCCCUAUACGCCAUCAUUGCCGUCCCGUUUCUGAUGGCAGUCAUCGGCUCCCUGCUUCUGAGUCUCGCCGUCCGAAUACAUAGCUUCUUCCGGUCACGUGCCUACCUCCCAAAGCUCCACUACAGGGAAUCUACGCUUACGCGACACCUACUCAGCAAGUGUCGUCUGCGAGAGAGGGUAUUUUCGCCCUCGUUUUGGAUACGCAAUCCUCACGUGCAAUCAGUUCUUGCAGCAAUAUGCCCUUCAUUUGAUGUCAAUUUCGACAGGGAGUACUUGCAAAUGAGAGACAAGGGAGUUGUCGCCCUUGAUUGGGUUGUGAGUGUUCAGCCAAAGAUCAAAAGGAAAAGGACUAUUUUGCUAAUCAUUCCCUCUAUAACAGGAAGUGCGCUAGGUGUUUCAGCACUGUGUUACGACGCCACGCAACGUGGAUUCAAAGCUGUGGUAUUCAACCGCAGGGGACACGGCGGAAGCGUACUAACAACAGCCAAACUACAAAGUUCCGGCGACCCUUCCGAUUUACGGCAAGUCGUAAAAUACAUCAGGUUAAAAUUCCCGCGGUGUAAGUUAGCAGCUGUGGGAUACGGAACGGGGUGUGGUCUGCUGAUUUCCUAUCUAGGCGAGUUCGGAUCCUCGGCUCUCAUAUCCGUGGGCGCAUGCGUGUCUCCGUGUUACGAUGCAUGUGAACGAUUCUCAAUGUCGAUGAGAAGUAUGUAUGACUACAUGUUCCUGCUGUUCCUCAAGGUCAUCCUGUGUCGCCACGCACGGGCCUUGUCAGGCACUGUGGACGUGAAACAGGCUCUCAAAGCCUGGACGUUUCAUAAAUACGAAGAGGAUGUGUAUUGUCGAAUAUAUGGCUACGAGAGUAUGGAUGAGUUCUGGGAAAGGAAUAAUCCCAUCCGUGAUGUGGAUGACAUAUCCGUGCCUGUGCUGUGUAUUAACAGUUUAGACGAUCCAUUCUAUGCCAAGAGUAAUAUACCUUAUGAUCUCUUUAAAUAUUAUCCCAACUUUUUACUGGUGGCGACAGAGAAAGGAGGACAUUGUGGAUUCUUAGAAGGAUUUCCUCCCAAAUCAUGGGCAGAUAACCUGUGCCUGGAUUACAUAGAAGCUGUGUUUGAAUUCACUACUAAGGGCUACGGCGUAAACAACCGUGGUGCCGUUCGGUCAACGAUAUGAGAUUUUCAAGAGGUUAAUGAUCUUAGGGACCGUUCAGAAUUUAUGGCUAGGGGGGAUGAUGAUGAGUUUAAGGGGG